UUAUGAAAUUAUAAAAUUUUGCAUGCCGAGAUUGUCUUUUAGCUUUAGGUUUUAGCCCCACUAGAGCAUAAAAAUCCAACCCCCUUUGUCCUCCACAAUAGUAUUGAUGAAAGGGAGAGUACAUAAAUACUAGGAGUAGCUUGGUUAACGGCCGGCCUCAUAGACCCUUGCUUUGUUUCACUCGCAAACAAGAAAGAGACCCUGUUUGCUUCGCCUGCAAUGACUUCUGCAUUUUCCAUUGUUUCUUUAUUGCUCCUUUUGCAGUAGCUUUUACUUGUUUAUUAGACUUGUCUCCCUAUUUCUCCCCCUUUCCCUCUCCUCCUCUUUCUCUCCCCGCAAUUCAAAAUUACCUUGUUCUUGCUAUAUAAAUCCCACUUUCUGCACCCUUUGUUUCUCCCCAGGAGGACCCAACAGCGUUUGAAUUACAAAGGUUUCAGUUUGUACUAACUUCCAAGCCAUGGAGACUGCAGUUAACUGUGAUGAAGAAGAAAAAUGGGAAUGUGAAGAAGAAGAAGAAGAAGAAGCAUUGUCAUUGUGUGAUCUGCCAGUCAAUUUGAUUAAAGAAGAGAAUCAAGUCCAACCAGGGAAUUAUGAAGAUGGUGAAUCCCAAGCAAUUAAAACAGAAGAAGAUUUCAACUUUGGCUCAUGGGGUGGCUCUCUUUCAACAGAACCACAAAUGUGUGCAGCUGACGAAGUGUUCUUUAAGGGCCAAAUUCUACCCCUGCGUCUCUCAGUUAGUUCAGACAGCGGCCUUACAGGGUUCCGCCAAGAUAGCCAGAAUACUAGCCGAUGCCUGUCAAGGUCAGAGUCCAUGGACCAUGGUUCAUUAAGUAGGUUCACAAGCAUUAGUAGCAGUAGCAGAAGCAGCAGCACUAGAAGUAGUCAUUACUCAAUAGGUAGCAGUAAUUCCAUCACAGUUACGGCUAGAAAUUUCAAUUCCAAUUCGAAGUCGAAUUCGAAUUCCAGUUCCACUUCCAAUUCCAAGUCAAAGCCAAUUAAAAUCAGAAACAACUUCAACACACAUCCGAGUCCCAAACCCCAGAUAAGAUUGUCCAAAACUCGGCCGGUAAAUGUCAGCAGCCGAAACCAGAAAACAUCAAUGUGGGACUUUUUCAGGUUAGGGUUGGUUCGAGCACCAGAACUUGAAUUGCAAGACUUGAAAGUUCGUAGCAACAACAAUAACGCUAAUAGAAACUCGGUCAGCCGAAACAGCAGUUGUAAUAGCAGUAACAGCAGUUCAAGCACCAAGAACAGCACCAGCAAGAUUGUUAACAACAGUGGUGAAGUUGCAAGGAAUCAACAAGAUUUGAACAAGGGUUUCUUGGAAAAGAGAAUAGGGUUGUUUAGUGGAUGUAAAUGUUCAGUUAAUGCAGUUGAAACAAUACCAUUGAACCACAUAGCCGUCAUCAAAAGCGACAAGAAUAAUGAGAAAGAGAAGGCAAUGUUGUAUGCUGCCAUGGAAGAGAAGAAGAAGCUGCUGCAAGAGUUGAAGAUAAUGAAGAAAAUGAAAGAGAAAGAAAAAAAGCAAGAAGGAAAGCAAGCUUUGUCACGUCAUCGGACGUUUGAAUGGUUAAAGGAACUUUCACAUGCAAGCUAUGUUGAUGAGGCCUAAGGACAAAGACUCAUGAACAAUCCCUCGCAUGCUUUCUUUUUCUAUUCUUUCAUCAUUAUCACUUCUUUUUCUUUUUUUGGGUUUUAGUUUUGUGUAUUUUGGAGUACAUUGAAAUACUUUGAAGUGGAGGCUCAUGUAUCUAGAAAAUCUCUCUCUCUCACUGUCUCUCGAGAGAUUUGGGGCUGUUAAUCACUAUUUGAUAUUCCUUUUAUGAUAUAUUUCAAUUCACGUU